AAGUGGGGUAUGAAGUAGGUAGGUGAGUAUUGCAAUGAAAUUUCCAGCACUGCUUCCUGAAUUAAGAAAUCACAUACCCAAGUCUUAGUCGUCGUCGUCGUACCGUGUGAGAACCGGGAAGAAUCUUUGCUCGUAGACUGGCUUUUGUAGUCUUUCUUUAACAAUUACAAGUUAUCUGAAUUCCCUUCAUCCUCCUAUAUAAUAUUGUUUUUGGUCUUGUUCUUGUUGCAUUGUGGCUAGGCAUCUCCAUGGAAGGAAGGAGGAUGAAUCAAGUUCCUUUGUUUAGCUCUGCAAGAGAACUGGGAAAUUUAAUUGUGACCUCCAAUCCAAUCGACUCUGCUUUGACUAAAAUUCUUGAGCUUCAAAGAGACCAAACAGCCUUGCUUUCCCCCGUUCAAUACAGAGUUUUUUAUCCAUCUCCCAAGUGCACAAUUGUAGCUUUUGUCUCUUCACCUGACUGCACUCAAAACCCUCUUCCUGGACAAGGAGAUUUAGUUCCGUCUCCUCUCUUUGACUUCCUCUGCACCGAAGAAUACAAGUCCGUCUCCAUUAACAGAGCUGCAUUAACCCUCUUUACCUCUCUCCACAAUCAUCUCUCUGGACUAAAAACUCAGUUGACUGGGAUUGAAGGUCAAUUAAUCAUCACUGGGCACUCCCUGGGAGGAUCCGUUGCUUCUCUCUUCACCUUAUGCCUGCUAGAUGGAAAUUUAUUAAAACCCAAAUGCCGCCCCUUUUGUAUCACCUUUGGUUCACCCCUCAUCGGCGGCUUUGGCCUCCAACACUCCACAUGGAAUUCUUUCUUCCUGCAUGUAGUGUCUAACCAAGACCCAGUCCCCGGUCUCUUCCUCCCAUCUGGCAGAGGCAGAUCUACGCCCACAUCCUCCCAUUCACAAACUACCGGUUACAAGCCCUUUGGGACAUAUCUCUUGUGCUCUGAACUUGGUUGUGCUUGUUUUGAAAACCCUGAUUUAAUUUUGGGAUUGCUGAAAGUCAUAUCAUCCGAGGUUGCCGGAGGAUUGCAGGAUGUUGAUUAUGGGGAGAUUUUAAGAAACCUCAAGGAGAGGGCAAUCUGCAAGGGACUUCAGCAGGUGGGUAAAAGGUUUGCAGAUCCUUUUACAGCUGGGAUCAUCAUGGACCUUGAGAUAAUUGGAUUUGAUCAAACAAAGCUGCUGCAGCAUAACAUUGAUAUCGAGACUGUGAUAAGCACAAUGGGAGAGGAAGCCAAAAACCCAACCAAAAAAAAUAAAGCUUUCGAUGCCAAGAUUCUGAAUUACAAAAAAAAAGACAUGGCCGGGCUAGAAUGGUAUAAGAAGAAAUCAAAAGAUACGAACAAUGGUUACUACGAUUGCUUCAAAAACUGGUGCUCCGAAAACCAGGACAAUGAAAGGGACAGUAAAAGGGGAAAUCACAUUGAAAGGUCAAGGGAAAGGCGCAAAGCGGAAGACAUGCAAAUUAAAAGGGACAGUAAAAGGGAAAAUCACAUUGUAGUGUUAAGCGAAAGUCUCAAAGUGUACUGGGAAGACAUGGUUGCACAAGUACAGAGGAAGCCCCAGAAGGAAGGAGCAACAUUUCGAACCCGUUGGCUCUAUGCAGGGACGGUUUAUAGAAGAAUGGUUGAACCACUGGACAUUGCUGCCUUCUACGGAGAGGGUGGAACAGACUACAUAAACAAUGGAAGAUCUCUUCAUUACAAGCUGUUGCAGCAAUGGUAUGAGGAAGAUGUGAAACCCCCCUCUAAGGAUAAGCUUGCUUCCAAGAAGCAAAAGGUGUCUGGUAUCCUAACUGAGGAUUCUUGCUUUUGGGCACAUGUGGAGGAGGCUAUCUUGUCAUGCGAAUUGCUUAAGAGUGAAAACUGUACUCUUGAGCAGGAAAAAUCAUCAUGGGAUAAUCUGGUUAAGUUCGAGGAGUAUGUAAUGGAACAGAUUAACAACUAUGCAGUGUCCCCUGAGAUUUUCUUGGGGGAAAGCAGCUUCAUGAAAUGGUGGGGACUGUAUGAGGGCUACAUAUGUACUCGCAGUAAUUCCCAUAGGUCACCAUUGAUCAGCUUUAUGAAGAAUGGAGGUUAUGCAGAGUAUCUUUAGAGGGGCAAUCCAGUUUGUGUGUUGUGCUUAUUGUUUUGUGAGCAUCCAAUGGAUAGAACUAGAAAGAGUGUGAACUUUUUCCUUUUUUUCUUUUAGUUGCUGCCCAUAUUCUCAGCACUAAUUUCUUCCUUCUUUUCCUCAGUUUUUUGUUAAGAAAUGAAUAUUAUGAUGUUGCGGGGAUGCACUUUCAUUUUUGUUCCA